AAGGAUCCGAUUUCUGCAUAUCUGAGGUUAGUUGUGGGUUGGAUCAGCGGGAGGCACGCGUGGGGCUCGCGCGUGUGUGUGUGCGUGUGUGUGUGUGUGGGGGGGUCAGAGGGUAGCCAAAUAGCCUCAUUUUGCCUCAUAAAGGGGCUUUGUUGUGAACUUAGCGGUGUGUUCAGUCACACCACGGACCAAAUGUGAAACAUGACACAACUCCAGAGUGCCGCCGACGUCGAGGCUUUGAUUAAAACACUGGAGGGAGAGUCGAGGACUAAGUUUGUCACUUUUUCUGUGGACCGACAUUACAAUGACAAAGAUUGGCAGCCCUUACCUGUGAACCGGGUGCACUGGCAGUGGGGGGGCGGCGCCGGGAUGCCAGCCAUUCAGUUCACCGGGAAUCCCUUCAUGUUUGUCGGGUCGAAAAGGCUCGUCUGCCAUCAAGGCAAGGACCUCGCCGUAGCCCAGAAGAGGAAGUAUUUUGAGGAAAAGGCCAAAAAAAUGUUGGAGGACCACAGUUUUGGCCCCCAGAAAUUCCGUCGACCUUCCACGAAAAAGGUGGGAUGCCCAGCAGCCAUAUCGAUCAGCAAGAUUGCAACAUUUCCAAAAUUCAAGGUGGCAGAAAAUACAAAGAGGAGUAAGAAGACCGCCUCUAAGGCUCUCAGAAUGGCCCUGGAGAGAGAUCCAGUGGUUUGGGAAACACGCUAUGCUGUCACACAUUCAAGCGAGCAUGCUGGCCAUGCAAAUGGAAGAAACGAGACAGAUGGGAGUUCUCAGGGCAAACGAGCGAGGAAACAGGACCUGAGGAGGAAAUGCGUCAAGCUCACCAAACAACUUCUGGACAGUCUACAGGGCAUCGAGGACCAGCACACGCUGGAGCAACUUUCACAAGUUCUGAGCACCCUGAUGAAGGACCUUGGCCCCCUGAUUAGCAGUGCAGAGGGGAAGCCGCUCCACCUGGAAACCAAACGGGUCAGAGUGUCAUCGGCCCCUCCGACGGGAUCCUCGCAGAGGUGCAUCGGAAGGCCCGUUCCCACGGAUGUGGGCCCCGCUGGAGCUCAUGCAGAGACCACGCAGGACCUCUCCAGUGAAACAGGCCCAGUUCCUUUCACAAACCUAUGAACUGUUUCAGGGUUACACAUUUAAUUAUGUGUUGAUUUUAAAAGUAAAGAUGUCGGAAAUGUAUUCAGAGAUUCCUUUAUAUGCUGGUCUGUAUCAAAGGUAGCUGUGAUCAUAUUUAAUAAAAGUCUUUUUAUAAACAUUUAGAUAGGUCAUCUUUAAAUACUUGCCUUAAAUUGGAUGAACGGAAUGUGCCAUCUUUCAGCAAUAACGUCAACCUGGUUCGGAUUGAUGUUUUGUGCUGUGGAGGUUUUCUGAGUUGGUGUAAGUCUGAAAAUGAGCUGCUGGAAGUCGGUAACAAAGAUUGUGUUUGUUUCCCUCCUGGUGUCACACAAAGCAGCAGCCCUAGUUGAGGUUGUUGUUACAUUGAUGCCUUAUUUAACUUCCGGUUUGUCAUUUGGGUGGAGUACAUUGAAGAACAGCAGCCAC